UCGAUGCAGUAGACGCUGAUCACCGGGACGUCGAGGGUCAUCUUUCGCGUUGACAUUGACGUAGGAUUGCACGAGUGAUAAAUUCGCAUUAAAUGGCAUUGUCAGUUGACGCAAGAUCUCAUUAAAGGACUCAUUCAGAAAUAUUGUGUACGCAAUAUGAAUUAAUGUAGGUGCGAAUAAAUAUUUCACGAUUUACAGUGUGAAUUCACAACAGUUUUGUUUAGUGCGACAUCGAUCAGAAAAUUUGGGUCAUCAGAAAAAGGGUGAUGAUGCAGGGAACGAGAAUGCUGAAGAUCAUGAGAAUCGGAGCAAAUAGGUUUAGAAGACUGCAUACUACUAGCAAGAGGCGUGUACCAGCAUCCACUAGAUUUGGAAAUGCAAAAUAUUUGGACGCUGCUUUCGGAACAACAGUGGAAUUAGAACAUUCUCAGACACGCAAAUACAGUUUCAUUCAUGACAGCCACUAUAUGUAUACUCGAGAUCAAGAUCAAGCAACAAAUGCUGAAGAUGCUUUGUUCGACAUGUUUAAAAACGAAGAGACUGGCCUUGUGUCGGUGGGAAAAUUUCUAGCUGCUUUAAGGACAACUGGCUUGCGGAAAAGUGAUCCUCGUUUGCAGGAACUUUCGGAAAAUCUGAAAAAGGAACAUGCAAGAGCAGGUCAUGAAAAUAUUUCCCACGAAACGCAGAAAUUAGAUAGAGAACAAUUUAGAAGAAUUAUAAAUCCCAAUAUCAUACUGAUCUCGCGGGCAUUCAGGCACCAAUUCAUAAUUCCCGAUUGGGCGGGUUUCACAAAACACAUAGAGGAUUUUUAUUGGAAAUGCAAGACAAAUACCGAAGGCAAAGUCGCUUCCUAUAUACCGCAAUUAGCUAGAAUGAAUCCGGAAUACUGGGGCGUCUCUGUGUGCACUAUCGAUGGCCAGCGAUUCAGUAUCGGUGACACUUCGAUUCCGUUCACUCUUCAAAGUUGUAGCAAACCUUUAACCUAUGCAAUAGCCUUGGACAGAUUGAGUCCGGAAGUGGUACAUCAAUAUGUUGGCCAGGAGCCAUCCGGUAGAAAUUUCAACGAGCUAGUGCUCGAUCAUAAUAAGAAGCCACACAAUCCAAUGAUUAAUGCCGGAGCGAUACUAAUUUGUUCGCUCUUGAAAACAUUAGUCAAACCGGAAAUGGGCCUGGCAGAAAAAUUCGACUUUACAAUGAAUUAUUUCAAAAGAUUAGCCGGUGAGGAAAAUCUUGGCUUUAACAACGCCGUUUUCUUAUCCGAACGAGAAGCGGCCGAUCGAAAUUACGCUUUAGGAUUUUACAUGAGAGAAUACAACUGUUAUCCAGAUAAGACGAAUUUGCGCGAAAUUAUGGAUUACUAUUUCCAGUGUUGCGCCAUGGAAGCUAAUUGCGAGACGAUGGCAGUGAUAGCGGCCACGCUAGCAAACGGUGGCAUAUGUCCUAUCACUGAAGAAAAAGUCUUAAAACCGGACAGCGUUCGUGACGUAUUGAGUCUUAUGCACAGCUGCGGCAUGUAUGAUUAUAGCGGACAAUUCGCAUUCAAAGUUGGCAUACCAGCGAAAUCCGGUGUGUCGGGAAGCCUUUUGUUGGUAAUCCCAAAUGUCAUGGGAAUAUGCACGUGGUCUCCACCCUUGGAUCCACUUGGCAAUUCUUGUCGCGGUGUACAAUUUUGCGAAGAGCUCGUGAACGAAUUUAACUUUCACAGAUAUGAUAACUUGAAGCAUGCGACGAACAAGAAGGAUCCUAGACGGCACAAAUAUGAAACGAAAGGUCUCUCGAUCGUUAAUCUUCUGUUUAGCGCUGCCAGUGGUGAUGUCACAGCGCUGAGAAGGCAUCGAUUGAGUGGGAUGGACAUGACUCUGUCGGACUACGACGGUAGAACCGCGUUGCACUUGGCCGCCAGCGAAGGUCACCUGGAUUGCGUCGAGUUUCUGAUCGAGCAGUGCGGAGUCCCACAUAAUCCCAAGGACAGAUGGGGCAAACGACCAGUCGACGAAGCCGAGACUUUCGGACAUAUGCAAGUAGUAGAAUAUUUAAAUAACUAUGCUCUCGCUCAUAAUACUGAGCUAGAGAACAAACAGAACGAAUGUAUCGAUAAUAACAACGAUUCUUGUCCUAAAAAACAAGAAACGGCGAUGCAAUCGCCAUUACCGUAAGUAAUAAACGAUGAAUUUACCUGAAACUCGAGGACGGGAACAAAGGAUGUAUAGAAAAUUAUCGAAUCAAGAAAACACAUUUUCAAAUGUGUAAAUAUAUUUUUUGUUUUAUUUUUUUAUAUUAUAUUCAAAUAACUAGUAUAGCAAAUUUGCAUUGUCAUUAUUUGUGUUAGAAUUAUUUGUCGC